AUGAAGUUCAUGAAGUUCGCCUCGGCGGCAGUCCUUACCAUUCUUGGGGGACAAGUAGGUGCCGGCCCUACCUUUACUCCAGCCAGGCCUCCAGCUAUUCCCUUGGCUGUCCGCAACCCAUAUCUCAACGUAUGGCUUAAUGGGCAACAAAAUGGUCCCCAUGGUGUCCUUCCCGGCCAAUGGCCUAAAUUUUGGGCCACCGGAGUUCAAGGAUGGCAAGGCUUCGUCAAGGUCGACGAUCAAGUCUACAACUGGAUGGGAGGCGCCCCUGGAGCUCCAAAUGUAGAUCAACUGAGCAUGGAGUACACGACAACCCGCAGCAUUUUCAACAUGUCCGUCGCUGGAAAGGUGGACAUGAGGAUCGAAUUUCUAUCGCCGGUCUUCCCGGAUGACUUGAAGCGCCAGUCAAUCCCUUUCUCAUAUAUUGUUGUUAACGUCAAGUCUCGGGAUGGUGCCUCACACAAGGUUCAGGUCUAUUCCGACGUAUCAGGAGAAUGGGCAUCGGGCGAUACAACAUCGGUCGUUCAAUGGGAUACCUCAUCAGCGUCUGGAGUACGCAGCCACAAAUUCUGGAAGCAGAAGCAAAGAGUUUUCCAGGAGGAUGGAGAAAAUGCAGCUUGGGGAAACUGGUACUGGUCUACCGGUGACCAGGCCGGCGUAAGCUACAAGAUUGGCGCGGAUGUGGACGUGCGCGGACAGUUUCUCAAGCAAGGAGCUUUGGACAACAACGUUGACAACGAAUUCCGCGCAGUCCGGGACAGAUGGCCCGUUUUUGCCUUGUCUCGCGAUUUGGGUACUGUUAAGAACAGCUGGGUUACUACUCUGUUCACCAUUGGAGUGGCCCAGGAGGAGAGCAUUCAGUUUGUUGGUAAAGAGGCUGAGCCGCAAAGCAUGCCCUCCCUCUGGAUAUCGUAUUACAAGGAAAAUGAACUAGCAGCGGCCUUCUACAAAGACUACGACUAUGCCAUGCAUUACUCAAACCGUAUGGACAUCCGCAUCCAGCGAGACUCUGUUGCCGCUGGCGGCCAGGAUUAUGCGACAAUUACCACUCUGGCUGUUCGCCAAACCUUUGGUGCCCUGGCUUACACUGGCACUCCUUCGAAUCCCCUGAUUUUCUUGAAGGAGAUUUCCUCAAACAGUGACAUACAGACUGUUGAUGUCAUCUUCCCGGCAUUCCCAAUCCUCUUGUACUUUGAUGCAAACUUGCUCAAGUACCUUCUUGAGCCACUACUCCUCAAUGAUCGGUACCAUUACCCGAAUGACUGGGCGCAACAUGAUCUGGGACGAUUCCCGCGAGCGCUCGGCUACCCGAAGGGUGAUGAUGAACCGAUGCCCUUGGAGGAGUGUGGAAACAUGAUCAUCAUGAUGCUGGCGUAUUCUCAACGGAAGCAUGACAACAAAUACCUGGCUGAUAACUGGGAUCUGCUGUCCAAGUGGGCCGAGUACCUGAUCAGAGACGCCAAGAUUCCUGCUAACCAGCUGUCUACGGAUGACUUUGCUGGGCACCUUGCCAACCAGACAAACCUAGCCAUCAAAGGCAUAAUCGCCCUCCAAGCAAUGUCAGAAGUUGCCACGCGAGCUGGACAUAAGGAUAAGAGCAGCAAAUACUCGACACUGGCCAAGGAAUAUCUGGCUUUCUGGACAAAACAUGGUGUCAACGCCGAAGCUGGCCACUCAAUGCUUCAGUACGACAAUAAAGACUCUUAUGGCCUUCUAUACAACAUUUACCCAGACAAGGUCCUUGGUCUCAAUUUUGUCCCGCAGGAGAUCUACGACAUGCAGAGCGACUUUUAUCUCAAGUCUCAAAAGCAGUACGGCGUCAUUUUGGACACCCGAAACGUGUGGACCAAAGUAGACUGGGAAAUGUUCGCCGCAGCAGUGGCCAAACCGGAAACCAAGCGCAUGUUCAUCUCAAAAAUUGCCAAAUGGAUCAAUGAAACGUCUACUUGGCGUGCCUUCACCGACUUGUAUGACGUAAAUACAGGUGGCUACCCUGGUGGUCUUCAAUUCACCGCGAGACCUGUGGUGGGUGGUAUGUUCUCAUUACUUUCGUUAAAGAAAUAG